AUGGGAAGGAAGCCGGGUCUCGGAGAAGAUUUUGAUAUCGAACGUUUUGUGGCCGAUGAUGGAAUGCAAAUAGUUGGGACGCUUUAUGGACGUAUUCAAAAGGAAUGCGACAGAUCAAAGCUGCCGCCGUCCCACUGCCACCGAAUGGUGUCAAAAGCGGUGAAGAAAAUCGUUGACGAGAAAAUUUUUGAAUAUCAAAUGAUAAUCUGUGGCUAG